AUGUCUCUUCCUACUAAGGUUGAAGCGGAAGGAAAUUCGCUUGUUUUCCCUAACGAGAAGCAGCAGGCGCGGUUUGAGGUGGGUCUGUCGUCGGCAAUUUUUCUGUGGGACGAGCUGACCACCGCCGUCGACAAUAAUUGGGGCGGUGCAGACAGUGCGGAGAAGCGCGAGUGGCUGGUCGGCACAGUGAUUGAUCUGUUCAAUGAGAGAGUCGUCGAGGCCGAGGACAUCGAGUACCGUCUGCUGGGCGUCAUGGAAGACGAGUUCGACGCUGUUCUCGAGACCGACGGCGCUUUCAAGGUCGCCCAGACAAUCCUCAGUCUCUACGUCGAGUGCCUGGAGGAAAACUAUGCCCAGGUCGACGCUCUUUACAAUAAAUUCAUGGCCAGCCGAAAUGCAGAGAAGGUCAAAGUGCAGGUCGAGGAUUCAGACGAUGAGGACGGAUCGGCGUCUGACGAAGAUGAGAUGGACGUCGACGAAACCCCGAAGCAGGAACCUGUCAUUGAUGAAGACGGCUUUGAGCUAGUUCAGCCCCGCCGUAGGCGCUAG